UCAUUUUUGUCUCAUUCGUUGACUGCGUACGUAACCGUGCGGAUUGCGUUUUUUUACUGCGCUGAUCUGGUGCAAAUAAAAAAAAAGAUCUCUAGCACAGACGGUGUGAGUGUGUGGCAAAAGGAGAAUCCGUGUGGUGACAGUAGAUAAAAACGUGGAUUAAUCGGUUAGCUGUUCUUCUACAUUUCGAAUCUUACCGGAAAACCGAAUUUUGCGUCUUGUACGUUUGAGAAGGCAUCAGAUUUGGCACAGGACGAGAAAAUGGACACUUCACUAACCGCUAAGCAGAUCCGGAAUGCGUUCCUGGACUUCUUCAAGGAGAAGGAACAUCUGUAUGUGCAUUCGUCGUCGACGAUUCCCUUGGAUGAUCCGACGCUGCUGUUUGCCAACGCAGGAAUGAAUCAGUUCAAGCCGAUCUUCCUCGGAACAGCCGAUCCGAACAGCGAGAUGGCCAAGUGGGUUCGUACGGCCAAUACGCAGAAAUGCAUCCGCGCCGGCGGAAAGCACAAUGAUCUAGACGACGUUGGAAAGGACGUAUAUCAUCAUACGUUCUUCGAGAUGUUGGGAAACUGGUCGUUUGGAGAUUACUUCAAGAAAGAGAUUUGCACUUGGGCUUGGGAGCUGCUCACCGAUCGGCUGAAGCUCCCGAAGGAACGAUUGUAUGUGACGUACUUUGGAGGACAUCCAGAAUCGGGGUUGGAACCGGAUUUGGAGUGUCGUGAAAUCUGGCUCAAUUUGGGAGUCAAGGAAGAGCACAUUCUGCCGGGAAGCAUGAAGGACAACUUCUGGGAGAUGGGGGAGACCGGACCGUGUGGCCCUUGCUCGGAGUUGCAUUUUGACCGCAUUGGAGGACGCAGCGUUCCGGAGUUGGUCAACAUGGAUGAUCCGGAUGUUCUGGAAAUCUGGAACUUGGUGUUCAUUCAAUUCAAUCGCGAACAGGAUGGCAGCCUGAAACUGUUGCCGAAGAAGCACAUUGAUUGUGGUAUGGGCUUUGAACGUCUCGUAUCGGUAAUCCAGGACAAGCGAUCGAACUACGAUACCGAUGUGUUUGUGCCAUUGUUCGAGGCCAUUCAGAAAGGAACGGGAGCUCCAAGUUAUCAAGGCCGUGUUGGUGCAGAUGACGUCGAUGGCGUGGACAUGGCCUAUCGAGUGCUUGCUGACCAUGCUCGGACCAUCACGAUUGCUCUAGCUGACGGUGGUUUCCCGGAUAACACUGGAAGAGGCUACGUGCUCCGAAGAAUCCUUCGUCGCGCAGUCCGGUACGCCACCGAAAAACUCAACGCCAAGCCAGGAUUCUUUGCAACCUUGGUUGACACUGUCGUCUUUCUGUUGGGAGAUACCUUCCCCGAAGUGAAGAAGGACCCUCAAAGCAUCAAAAAUAUCAUCAAUGAAGAAGAACAGCAAUUCUUGAAGACGCUGACACGAGGCCGAAAUCUCCUGAACCGAACCAUCGCCAAGUUGGGUGAUAGUAAGGUUAUCCCGGGAGAUGUCGCUUGGCGUCUGUACGACACCUACGGAUUCCCGAUCGAUCUGACCCAGCUGAUGGCCGAAGAAAAGAACAUGACCAUUGAUAUGGAAGGCUACGAAAAGGCCAAGCAUGAGUCCUACAUCCUGUCGCAGGGUAAGGAAAAAUCCAAAGCAGCUACCGUCGAUUUGGACGUGCACGCCAUUUCGGAACUGCAGGAGAAGAAAGUUCCCACGACGGACGAUUCCUUCAAGUACCGCUAUAAGGCCGAUGUCGAUCCUAUGGCGGAGUACAAGUUUGAACCUUGCAACGGAAAGGUUCUGGCGCUGCGAUCCAACAACACUUUCGUCGAGGAGGUGCAAGCCGGUCAGGAGUGCGCUGUGAUUCUGGACAAGACCAACUUCUACGCCGAAAGUGGCGGACAGAUCUACGAUCAGGGCUAUCUGGUUAAGGUUAACGACGAGAGCACCGAAUUCAACGUCAACCUGGUGUACAACCGUGGAGGCUACAUCAUCCAUAUCGGUGUCGUGGAAGGAAUCCUGCGCGUCGGAGAUGAAGUCGCCUGCCACAUGGAUAUCCUCCGUCGUCAGCUAACGAUGAAGAACCACUCGGCCACCCAUGCUCUGAACCAUUCCCUACUGAAGGUCCUCGGACAGGAUACCGAUCAGCGUGGCUCGUUGGUCGUUCCGGAGAAGCUCCGCUUCGAUUUCACCAACAAGUCCGCCAUGACCGUCGAACAGGUCGCCGAGUCGGAACGGCUCACUCGCGAAGUGGUCAAGAAGAACAUGCAGAUCUACGCUAAGGAGUCCAAGUUGUCGGUCGCUAAGAGCAUCAAGGGUCUGCGAUCGGUCUUCGACGAAGUAUAUCCGGAUCCGGUUCGUGUGAUUUCUUUCGGUGUUCCUGUGGAAAACCUUGAAGCCAAUCCGGAAGGUGAGGAAGGAGUGGAGACCUCGGUUGAAUUCUGCGGUGGCACCCAUUUGCAUCAAUCCGGCCACAUGUGGGACUUUGUCAUCACGACCGAGGAAGCCAUCGCCAAGGGAAUUCGCCGGAUUGUCGCUCUGACUGGACCGGAAGCUCUGAAGGCUCUAAAGAAAACCGAAUUGCUCGAAAAUGAGCUCAACGCUCUGAAAUCCACCAUUGAAGCGGACAAAACCGGAAAAGACUCCAAGGAACACGUCAAAAAGAUUGUCGAGUUGAACGAAGACGUAUCUCAAGCGGUCAUUCCCUACGUCAAGAAAGACGAAAUCCGUAACGUAUUGAAAUCGCUGAAGAAAACUCUCGAUGACAAGGAACGUGCCGCAAGAGCAGCCGUUUCCACAACCGUCGUGGAGAAAGCUAAGGAGCUGUCGGAAGCCAACAAGGAAGCGCUGUUCCUGGUCCACCGGAUGGAGGCCUACAACAACACCAAGGCGCUGGACUCAGCCCUGAAGGAAGUUCGCAAAAUCAACCCGGAACAGUCGGCACUGUUCGUCUCAUCCGAUCCGGACUCGAAAAAGAUCUUCUGCUUGGCCUCGGUUCCCAAGUCGGCCGUCGAGAAAGGACUGAAGGCCAACGAGUGGAUUUCGCACAUUUCGCCGAGCAUGGGCGGCAAAGGCGGUGGCAAACCGGAAUCCGCUCAGGCUUCCGGUGGCAACUUCGACAAGGUGGAAGAGAUUUUGGAACUGGCACGCCAGUUUGCUGCUUCCAAGCUGUCGUAAAUCAUUGAGGCACCGAGUAAAUCCUACACCGGAAGUGCAUUUUUAAUCAAUUAGUUUUGGAUAUCAAGAUAAGUUCAAUUAUUGGAAUACUUGCUACUUACAUUAUACAAUAUCCACACAUAAUCUAAAACGCAGGCGAUUUUUCCUUUUUUUUUCGAAUAAACUCCAAUGAAAGCUAGUAA